AUGAAAAUGUCAAUAGUUAAGUAUAUAAUUGCUAUAUCUACUGGUAUAUUCCUGAGAUCAACAAUUUCAUUACAUUCAUAUUCUGGAGAAAAUAAUCCACCAAUGUAUGGUGAUUUUGAGGCACAAAGGCAUUGGCAAGAAGUGACUGUGAAUCUUCCCAUAAAAGACUGGUACGAGAAUUCAACUGACAAUGAUUUGCUUUAUUGGGGACUAGAUUAUCCGCCAUUAACAGCAUAUCAUAGCUUCAUAAUUGGUCAUUUUGCAAAAUAUAUCAAUGAGUCAUACGUGGCACUGCAUACGUCUCGUGGAAUUACCACAGACGAUCACAAAUUUUUCAUGCGAAACUCUGUUUUGAUGUCUGACAUAUUGAUUUAUAUUCCGGCAAUGCUCUUAAUAUGUCAUGUGAUAUUCAGCAAGCUUCUAAAAAUGAACAAAGAAAAAUCGGAAUCAUUUUACUGGCUAUUUGUGCUUAUAGCUUUAUGUUAUCCAGGACAACUUUUAAUUGACAAUGGACAUUUCCAAUACAACAAUAUGUCGUUAGGUUUAGCAGCACUAGCUAUAUCUGUAAUUCUAUUAGACAAACGAAUUAUUGGAGCUAUUUUAUUUGUACUUUCAUUGAACUAUAAGCAAAUGGAAUUAUAUCAUGCAGUUCCAUUCUUCUGUUACUUACUUUCAAACAGCUUUGUUGAAUCAGACAGUCACAGGAGACAUUCAUUCGUUGGCAGUGUAGUAAGAUUAUUUAAGUUGGGAAUCAUUGUAGCUAUAACUUUUGUGAUAAUAUGGACUCCAUGGUUGUUCUCAAUGAGCUCGUUCUUACAAGUACUUCAUCGAAUAUUUCCAAUUUAUCGAGGGGUCUUUGAGGAUAAAGUAUCAAAUGUCUGGUGCAUCGUAAACGUGUUCAUGAAGAUAAAGGACAAUUUUACAAAUGAAGAAAUGGCUAAAAUUUGUCUGGGAUGUACUGCAACAGCUUUAGUUCCGAGUGCUGUAAACCUUCUUUUUAAUCCAAAAAAGAAGCAAUUCCUCUAUGCGUUAAUUAAUAGUUCCUUGGCAUUUUUCCUAUUUUCAUUUCAAGUUCACGAGAAAUCAAUUCUAAUUGUGGCAAUUCCUGUCAUCUUAAUUUUUCCGUUAGAACCAUUCAUGUCAUUUUGGUUCUUACAAGUCUCUACGUUCAGCAUGAUUCCAUUACUCGUUAAGGAUGGGCUUAUAACAGCAUAUAUUGGACUUAGUGGAAUGUUCUUCUUGAUGACAAAAAUUAUAAUCGACAAUACGAGAAGUAAAAAGCAAGAGAACCUUAAUUUUUUACAAAUUUUAUGGAACAUCAAUUUUAACAAAAGCAGGAAAUGGAUUGAAAUAUUAUUUACUGGAUGUUAUGUCCUGUCGACAAUUGUUCAAUUGGGUUUAUUUUUAGGAAAUUUCUAUAUAUCUCCACCUGAACAUUUGCCGUUCCUUCAUUCAUUGUUAAUAUCAGCAUUCAGUUGCUGUCACUUUCUUUUUUUCUUGUUCUAUUUUAAUAUUAAGCAGCUUCUGCUGAAUUAA